AUGACCUACAUCCAGCCCGCUGACCACAAAGGCUACAUGCAGCUCGCGCUGGAGCAAGCCAAGAAAUCACCACCAAAACCCACAAACUACCGGGUUGGUGCUGUCAUCGUGGAUACAGCCUCCAACGAGAUCCUCGCAACUGGUUACACCUUGGAGCUUCCGGGUAACACCCAUGCCGAACAGUGCUGUCUCUUGAAACUGGCCGAGAAACAUGGUGUCUCUGAAGAGAAUUUGGGAGAUGUCUUGCCGACAAACCUGGCCUUGUACACCACAGUCGAGCCAUGCUCCAAGCGGCUGAGCGGAAACCUCCCCUGUGUGGAAAGAGUCAAGAGGCUGGCGGGUUGUAUCAAGACAGUCCAUGUCGGUAUUUUGGAGCCCGAGACCUUUGUCGCCGAGAACACGGGCAAGAAGAGUCUCCAAGAUGCAGGCAUUCAAGUUGUUGCCGUUGAGGGCUUCGAGAAGGAUAUCCUCGAGGUUGCCACGGCCGGACAUAUCAAAAGCUGA